GCGGUGGAGGAGCCGGAGGCCGCGGCCAGGCCCCGCCAUGGAGCCCGCGCGCGGCCCCUGCGGCAGCCCCGUGUCCGGCCCCGCAGGUGCCGCGGCGCCCCUCGGCCCCUCGGCCCCGCUGGAGCCGCGGCUGCGGCGGCUCGAGGAGGAGCUGGCGCUGGUGCGGGCGGCGCUGGCGGAUGCGCUGCGGCGCCUCGGCCUCUACGAGCAGCAUCUGCCGCGGCUGCUGCGGCUCCUGCCCCGCGCAACCAAUGGGGCCGUCCCGGAGCCCUGCCUGCAGCUGGACCCCGAUGGGCUCCCCCUGACCCCCCCUGGACUCCCCCAAACCAUCAGUGUGGGGACGCAGACAGAGGAGAUGAUGCCAACACUGGAGGGACAACCCGGAGCCAGUGGAGAUCAGGGGGUCCCCCAGGAGCCGCCCCCCCCGGGGUCACCCCCAUGCCCCCCAGCACCUGCCCCAGCAUCUCCAGAGCCCCCUGCUCCUGAUUCACCCACAGCGGCACCCAGCCUGGCCCCACGGGGUGCUCACAAAGAGCUCCUGCGCAGGCACAGCUCCUCUUCCGGCAGCGCCAGCCCCCGGCAGCGCCUGAGCAGGAAAGCGGCUUCAUCCGCCAACCUCCUGCUGCAGGCGGGGAGCCCCGAGAGCCGCCCGAAGGAGCCCACCCAGAGCCCAGGGACGCGCCGUGGGAACUACAACCUGGAGGGGGUGUCGGUGAAGAUGUUCCUGCGGGGCCGCCCCAUCACCAUGUACGUGCCCUCGGGGCUGGGCCCCUAUGGGGGGCUGCGGACUGAGCUGCCCCCCGAGCGCCUCCAGCUCGACUGGGUCUACGGGUACCGGGGCCGGGACAGCCGCUCCAACCUGCACGUGCUGGCCUCGGGCGAGCUCGUGUACUUCAUGGCCUGCGUGGUCGUCCUCCUGCACGUGCCGCUGCGCCGCCAGCGCCACUACCUGCGCCACAGUGACUGCGUGCGCUGCCUGGCCGUGCAUCCCGACCGGCUCCGCGUCGCCACAGGGCAGGCGGCUGGUGUCGAUAAGGACGGCAAGCUGCUGCAGCCCGUCGUGUACAUCUGGGACUCGGCCACACUGCUCACGCUGCAGCAGAUCGGCCUUGGCAGCUUUGAGCGCGGCGUGGGCUCCCUCGCCUUCUCCACCGCUGACCACGGUGCCUUCCUUUGCGUGGUGGACGACUCCAACGAGCACAUGAUGUCAGUGUGGGACUGUGCCCGUGGCACCAAGCUGGUGGAGGUGAAGAGCACGAACGAGUCGGUGCUGGCAGUGGAGUUCAACCCUCAGGACAGCAGCAGCGUCAUCACCAGCGGCAAGUCUCACAUCUACUUCUGGACCUGGAGUGGGGCCACCCUCACCAAGAAGCAGGGCAUUUUUGGGAAAUACAAGAAGCCCAAGUUCAUCCAGUGCUUCAUCUUCAACGCUGACGGGGACGUGCUGACGGGUGACUCUGAGGGCAACAUCCUGACCUGGACCCGUGUCACUGGUGAUGGCUGCACACCAGGGAAGGGCGUCAAAGAGACGUACCAGAUCGGGCAACAGACGCGGGCACACGAGGGCAGCAUCUUCACCCUGUGCCACCGGCGGGACGGGACAGUGCUGAGUGGUGGCGGCAAGGACCGGCGCGUGGUGUGCUGGAGCCCCGCGCUCGCCCUGCUGCAGGAGGCUGAGCUCCCCGAGCGCUUCGGGGCAGUGAGGACCAUUGCAGAGGGACCUGGGGACGAGCUGCUGGUGGGGACAACCCGCAACGCGCUGUUGCGGGGAACACUGGACACCGGCUUCACACCCAUUGUGCAGGGGCACACGGACAAGGUGUGGGGCUUGGCCACCCACCCCAGCUGCUGCCUCUUCCUCACCUGCGGCCACGACCGGCAGCUCUGCCUGUGGGACGGGCAGGAGCACGCGCUGGCCUGGAGCCUGGCUCUGGAGGACACGGGGCUCUGUGCUGACUUCCACCCCGGGGGGCAGUUGGUGGCCGUGGGGCUGCUGACAGGGCGAUGGCUGGUGCUGGACAUGACAACGCAGCAGCUGCUGGCCGGGGGCUCAGAUGGGAACGAGCAGCUCUCGGUGGUACGGUUCUCCCCAGACGGCUCCUUCUUGGCCAUCGGCUCCCACGACAAUUUCAUCUACAUCUACAGCGUCACCGAGGGCGGACGCAAGUACACCCGCUUUGGGCGCUGCACAGGCCACUCCAGCUUCAUCACCCACCUGGACUGGUCCAAGGAUGGUCACUUCAUCAUGUCCAACUCGGGGGACUAUGAGAUCCUCUACUGGGACAUCGCUGGGGGCUGCAAACUGCUCCGCAACCGCUUUGAGAGCCGGGACCGCGAAUGGGCGUCCUAUACCUGUGUGCUGGGCUUCCAUGUCUUUGGUGUAUGGCCUGAUGGCUCGGACGGCACAGACAUCAACUCCCUGUGCCGGUCCCACCAUGAGCGCUUGGUGGCCGUGGCCGAUGACUUCUGCAAAGUUCAUCUCUUCCAGUACCCCUGCGCCUGCCCCAAGGCGCCGAGCCACGUGUACGGGGGCCACGGCAGCCACGUCACCAACGUGCGCUUCACCCACGACGACGAGCACCUCAUCUCGCUCGGGGGCAAGGACACCAGCGUCUUCCAGUGGCGGGUGCUGGGGGGGCCAACACCACCCUGCAGCCGCUCGCCCUGCACCCCUGAGCCCGGCGUGGACCCCGACUCGCGCUGAGCCACCCCUCUGCUUCCUCGGCUGCCUCCUCUUCCUCCUUCCCUUCCUCACCCUUCUGGGGACCAAGGCGGGGGGGGCGGGGCUCGGUGUCGUGUCCCCCCCCCCCGUUUUCACGCUGCACUGUGAGAGGCCAUAAUAAAGCCUGGGGUCAGGGCCC